CACUUUUGCUCGACACCGUUUGCAACAUCCCUCUGUUCUUAAUUCUCUUGCAUUUCCUCUUCUUCCUUUGCUUCACUUAUCUUCGUGGCGCCAUUUUAUCGCCGUAAUACUUUUUUUUCCCUAGUGAAUAUUCAUUUUCCGUGUUCAUGUUCCUACGGAUUCUCCAGUGUCUUUAAAUACUUUGGCCAAUCUUAGUCCAGCUCAUUCCAACACCUAACGACAAAAUGGCCUCGAGAACCCAAAAUGAUACCGUUAUCGAUGAUGAUGAUGAGAUCUGCCCUCUCUGCAUUGAAGAAUUUGAUCUUUCGGACAAGAACUUCAAGCCAUGUCCUUGCGGCUACCAAAUAUGUCAGUUUUGCUACAACAACAUCAAAACCCAUAGCGAGGAGGGCCGAUGUCCUAACUGCCGACGCGUUUACGACGAGAACACAAUACAAUACAGAGUUCCCGACGCAGAUGAGCUUAAGGCAGACCUGGCGUUAAAACACCGUAAGGCGGCGGCUGCAAAGAAAAAAGAACAAGAGAAGCGUGAAAUCGAGGCAUCUAGUCGAAAAAAUCUUGCGGGAGUCCGAGUUGUCCAGAAGAACCUUGUCUAUGUCAUUGGACUUAAUCCAACAAUCAGGGACGAGAACCAGUUACUUCAGACAUUGAGGGGGGAUCAGUACUUUGGUCAAUACGGUGAGAUAGAAAAGAUUGUCGUGAGCAAAGCGAAACCUGGUGGAAACCCCAAUCAAGGAAUCGGAGUGUACGUCACCUUUGCAAAAAAGAGCGAUGCCGCAUCAUGCAUUGCGGCCGUUGACGGCUCCGCCAAUGGUGAUCGAGUUCUGAGAGCGCAAUACGGGACGACAAAGUACUGCUCAUCAUUCCUUCGUAACGAGCAGUGUAACAACAGAAAUUGCACCUUCCUGCAUGAGACCGGAGAAGAUAGCGAUAGUUUCAGCCGCCAAGAUCUGUCCUCCAUGAAUACGAUUUCGUCGCAGCGACCUCAUCCCAAUUAUCCCAACGUGUCGGCGAAUCAGUCUCGUGCAUAUACACCGGGAAGUCAGUCCGGCCCAUCGAGUUCCCUCUCAAUGCAGCGACACACUAAUAAAGAUGAAGGAACACGGAUGCCCGCUAACGACUCCCCUGCCCUCCCAUCUUCAGCGAGCUGGGCGAAUAAAGAUGCCCUUGCACAUCGAACAAGACGCCCUAGCGUGGCUGCGAGUUGCGGCACACCGAGCCCCAAACCGGCGACCGCAACAAUCGCAACCAAACCGGAGGAGUCGAGGGCGGCCACCGAAAAGCGAACUCAUCAAAAUGUGGAAGAGUCGCGCCAACACACACCAACACCAGGGCCCAGCUCAAGGUUGGAGCAACGUGAUUCUGUAUCCCCGAGGAGACCACUGUCCGUGUCCCAAGAUCGCGGCAUGGUUUUGUACAAUUUGGUCAAGGCGAUAAACUCUCCAGAGUUCCGAUUUCAGUUCUCAGCGGCUGGUCUAUCGGCUGAUGAGCUUGCAUUUAUCGAAAAUCAUCCGUCUCUCAUCGAUCCAUACGGCGGCGUGAAACGUCGCGCUAUGCGCGAAAAGGCUGAACAAGAAAGGGCAAAACAAGAAGUUGAGGCUAAGAUGCUACUACAUGCCAAUCAACCCGAGGAGGAGACCCUUGAAGGUGGUAGUUCGCAGCUUGGCGGUGAACCAGAGGAGUCGCAUUCUGGCCCGGGACCUGCUGGACGCAGCGGCCGUGAACAACAAGCCAUUCAGCCCCCAUCCCAACAAGCAACUGCCUCAAGUUCUGCUGUUGGUUCGCCUGUUUCAGCUGGCCACCAGUUCCAAAGCUUGAACGUCAAUGGUCGUGCCCUUACCCCUCUCCAACAGCAGCAGCUCAUGCUUUUAAAGUCAACCACUGGCCAACAGAGCGGCUUGUUAGACCAACUUCAAACUUCUUCCAUUAACGGCUAUGAUCAUAACCCGCUUUCCAGGCCCAGUGCGUUUCAAAACCAAAUGCCGCCAGUGGGUGCAAUAUCGGGUCACGCACGACAGUCCUCUCGGUUCUCCUUUGCGAAUGAAUCAAACGCCAAAAAUCCCAACCAUAGGCUACUUAGCCAGCAGGCUGCCGUGAUGCAAGCGUCGACCACCAACCCGAUGGCGACUGCCAACGCACAACAACAUGGGCUUAGUAGCCACUUUUUUACCAGUGGCGUUCAGGGUCCUCCUCCUGGCUUAAAAACUGCUGGAACGCCGCCUGUCAGUGGAGGGGGCAUGUUCGCCCAAGGUCAUGGGUUUACGAGCACAAUGAAUAAUAACUUGGGGCUUAACGUCAAGCAAGAUGGGAAUGCUGAUUUGAUGCGUGAGCUGAUGCGUGCCCGGAGUGGUACGAGUGGUGGGGGUGUUCAAACUCUCGAAGCAACCAAGCUAGAUCUUGCGGACCCGAGUAUCUUGCAGGCGAGAAUGCACCAAAGCAAUGCAACUGCUGUUGCUGGGCAGGGGCUAUACGGGAGUCAGGGUCAAGUGGAUGAAGACUUUCCGCCGCUAGCACCUCCAAAGUCUGCGCUCGACACCCGGGCAUCGUCCCGGUCCCAUAUUUCCGUGGAAUCCCCCGUUUUUUCGAGUAGGUCUGGGACGCCAACAGUGCCCCCUGGACUGUCGUUCCCACACGGCCAUCCGGCAGCAGGUCUCAUCAAAGAGUCGAGUGUGCCCUCAAGCCCCUCUCCAUCCAAAAACCAUGCUUCCAUUUCAACCGUCAUUGCGCCCCCUCCUGGCUUAACCCCACCCCAAAAGGUGAGGGACACGGUUAUGCCUAGGGUUGCUACUCCAAUCAUUCCAGAGUCCCCAACUUUAAAGCCGGAUCCUGCAAGCAACCCGGCAGAAGCCUCAGCAGGCUCGCCAGAACCGGAAGCCGUCGCAUCUCUCACCAAAGAAACCCAGUCCCCCGCUCCCCCUAAAGCUAACAAGCAGUCAACAGAAGCAACCUCCGCGAAGAGCGGAAAAGGACCUUCCAAAGAAUCUCACAGCAAGCCAAAGCCUAUUAAAUUGGAUAUAUCGUUCUCUGCGACUGGCCGAGAAUCGGCUUCUCCCUCUCAGAAUUCUGCGCCCUACCAGCUUUCUGCGCUCUCUACAUCCAUUACCAGUUCGCGACCAAAUACCCCCGGAACGGUAGCUUCUCGCAUAUCCGAAUCUCCUGCUCCCCGUCAGCCACGGGUGUUACGUGUGGUAGACACCCCCAAAUCCGAAACGCCACCUCUACAAUCAUCUGGAGCCGCAUCUGGUACCACUACAGCGGUAAAGCAACGGUCACGAAGACCUAGCAUUUCUUCUGUGAGCCGUCCGGCUACGCCUGCAGAAAUAAGUUCUGAAUAUGACCUCUACACCUCUGCUUCCGCAUCUCGGGCUAACUCGCCGCCUCCCAGUAGAAUUGGGUCUGCCCCAGUUCGUGCGAUGUCAAAAAAUCAGGCAAAAAAGCAGCGAAAACUCAAAGCUGAGCAGGCUGAAGCGAAGAAAGAAGAUGAACUUACAUCUACUCCCGUUGAGGACACUGUGCAGGCACCUAUCCUUGGCAGAAAGCGAAAGACAAAAAAGCCAUCGAAGCGAGCCACAGACAGCACAGAGGAUGGACAAAGGGCUUCACCUGGAACCAAUGAGGAUACUCAACCAAAAUCAGGUAGUACAAUAGUAUCCAAGCAUGUGGAAUCCGGAGCGAAAAGCUCACCCACCAUUGAAAAGGUGGAAGAGAAAAAGGAAGCCUAUGAGCCUUGGCGCCUUAACAACACUCUAGAGCAACUUAUGGUUGAUUCUGAAGCACUGGGUGUCCCUAUCAAAGACCUGUUCCUUGAAAGGACGUCUCCACUGCCUACCAUACUCGCGCAGCUUUAUCAGUCGGGACAGCUGGAUCUGCAUGUCCACGCGCUCUUUAACCCUCCAAAUCUCAAUCAACGCGUGGAUAUGAAAUGCACAGCUGAAGAUUAUGAAUAUUUGAAGCGACCAAUUGAAUUGACUGAAGACCACCGCAAAAUGCUCCUCCGUGGUGAACCUGUUCGCAUUAAUGGUGGGUCAGAUCUCUUGAAACAUAGGUGCCUUAUUACUCCAAAAGGAUGCAUCUUACGACAUUUAUCUGCUGAAGAAGAAGAUCAUUACUUGGACUUGGAAGACAGUCUCGCCUCUGCCAUCGACUCUGGUCACGAAUAUCCUGCUUUCAUUGUCACUGAGCCCGACACCACUAACCGUGGUGGCGGGCUGGAUGCUUUAUUUGCAACGCCCGAAAAGUUCAAUAUUCGCUGGGUCGAUGACGAGGCUUCUCGAAGCGGUUUGAUCACCGGAACAACGGAAGAUUCAGUCAUCUUGUCGCAUCCGUCAACUCAAGCACCUGCCACCACCCCACCAAACGUCUUUUCUGCACUCGAAGCUGACUCCGCUCGAUCUACCAGCUGGGCAAUUCCCAGCAGCACGGACCCUGUUAGUGGCACCGCUCCUCCACGCUCAUCGGCUACGACGAAGAGUCUCAUGACCGGCUCUACUUUCGGCCUUGAUCUCGAAGAGCUAAUGAAUGUGCCUGACCAAGAAUUACGUUCCAUGAUUGAAGCAGCUCAACGUGAGCUUGAGUUGUCGCGUAAGGACGCGGAUGUUGUGGAUAAGAAGAUAAUGGCGCUGGUAAAGCGAAAUAAGAAGUUGGUGCAGCAAGCCCUCUCUGCAGCGCUGGAGUUUGUGGCGUCCUCGGAUGCCAAGACCCCGACAUAAUCGGGCAGCAAGUCGACGUUAUCCCUUUUAAUCGUAUUUUUUUCUCCUUGGGUCUAGGAUAUUGGAGGGGCUGUGGGCGAAAUUGUGUGGUUGUUCAAUCCGGCAUAUUGUAUCGAUUCACUUCAUGAUUUUUUUUGUUUCCAUCACCAGCUGAUUUGCCUUGCUGCAUUAUUUUGUCUAUGUUUUCUUUUUGCAAAUUGUGAUUGUGGUCUUGUUUAUUAGAUGUUAUGGAUAUUCCCAUCGAGCUCAUGUAUGUAUCCAUGGCACUUUCGUGGGUUGGUAUUUUGUCCUAUCUGGUGGUCUACUUUACAUAAUUGCCAGUCCGCAUCUUACAGAAAUGAAUGGUUGCGAGAGUGCACAAAAAUAGUUGAACUACAGG